AAACAACACCAAAUACGGAUACCAUGGGACAAACAGUGAAUGAAGAUUCCAUGGAUGUCAAGAAGGAGAAUCAAGAGAAAACUCCUCAGUCAAGUACGUCUUCUGUACAAAGAGAUGAUUUCCACUGGGAGGAGUAUUUGAAAGAGACUGGGUCUAUAAGUGCUCCUUCAGAGUGCUUCCGUCAGUCUCAGAUUCCACCUGUGAAUGAUUUCAAAGUUGGUAUGAAAUUGGAAGCCCGUGAUCCUCGUAAUGCCACUUCAGUGUGUAUUGCUACGGUUAUUGGAAUUACUGGGGCCAGGUUACGGUUACGACUGGAUGGUAGUGAUAAUAGAAAUGAUUUUUGGAGGCUUGUCGAUUCCCCAGACAUACAACCUGUUGGGACAUGUGAAAAGGAAGGAGACUUACUUCAACCUCCACUAGGGUACCAGAUGAAUACAUCAUCCUGGCCGAUGUUCCUCUUAAAGACACUAAACGGGUCUGAAAUGGCAUCUGCCACAUUAUUUAAGAAGGAACCACCAAAGCCCCCACUAAAUAAUUUUAAAGUGGGGAUGAAACUAGAAGCUAUUGACAAAAAGAACCCAUAUCUCAUCUGUCCUGCGACCAUUGGAGAUGUUAAAGGGGACGAAGUUCAUAUCACAUUCGAUGGCUGGAGUGGCGCUUUUGAUUACUGGUGCAAGUAUGAUUCUCGAGAUAUUUUCCCAGUUGGGUGGUGUCGCCUGACAGGAGAUGUAUUACAACCCCCAGGAACUAGUGGUAAGAUAAUAGUUAACUACAUUUUCUUUUACUUUAUUGAAGUUAGAUGUAACUGUCGUUGGUGGCAUUGUGGUUAA